AUGAGUGCAGCGUCGUCCUUUCCUGUGAUCAGAACAGAUGUGAACAGGAUGAACAUCACCUUUGCCUUUGUAUUCACUGCUUGCGUUUUAUUCUGCAUGAUUGGUGCCCAUGAUGAUGAGGAAAUGAAACCACCAGACUUCCUCGAUAAACUCAACGCAACUGUUCGCCAGGAGUUUAUGGACAUAGCUAAAAAUCAUACCCUAGAACCGGAAGAAAAAAAGGCAGCUAUUUUACAAUGGGGAUCGAAACACGGUCUCGAGGAUGUGGCAAGACAGCACGAAGAAAGAAUGGAUAAAUUGAGGAAAGAGGUAAGUUCAAACGCAAUCAGUUAA